AUUGCCAUUCCUUUUGGCUGCUCGCAUUCCUUGCCCUCCUCCGCACGUCCGCAGGCCUGCCCAAGCGCUUCACGGUCCUCCGCGCCUGGCUGUGGGCUGCCUCCACCCUGCACAGCCGCACCAUGUACCUGCCCUGGUGCCCCGCCGGGGCGCUCACACCGUACGGAGAUCUGCACAACUACCAACCGCCUCCACCGCCGUACACACCCCAGCUGGGCGGAGUUGCGAUGGCGGCGGCCGCUCCUGGUGUUACUGCCGUGGUCGCAAGGAAUGCGGGGAAUACGACAGGUGCUGUUGUAGGUGCCGCUGCGGCAAAUGACACCGGUGCGGCGACAGGAGGCCACGUAUCUGCCGGAGCUCCCUCCGCUACGAGCAAUGCCCCGGUUGCCUUCGCUGCUGUUGCUGACGCAGCACCAAAUGCUGGGGAGGCAGCGUCAACGCCGGGUGUAGACACUUCUGGCGCCAGCGUAUGCCACAAUGCACAUGUCCAAGCCGACGUUAGCGGUUGCGAGGCUUGCGACCGAAGCCGCGAUGCCCGGACCACCGCUGUGGGUACUGGAGGGGCCGACCCGGCAGCAGCAGCGGAUGUAGCCUACGGCGGCGAGCUAGCUCCGGAACCCUGCCAGAAUGGAAGUCAGAAAGAAGUGACCCUCCAAGCCGAGAGCGCCUCCGCAGCCUCCAAUGCUUGCGGCGGUGACGGUGGCGACAUGGAUGCUGACGCGGCCUCAGGCGCCAUCGCUGGUGACGGCGUUUGGGACGCGGCGGCGCAGCAGUACUGCAUCCUUGUACGGCGGCCGUACCGCCGAGGCGAGCAGGUGAUGCUGUGCUACGGGCGACACACCAACUUGGAGCUGCUGGAGCACUACGGUUUCGUACUGCAGGACAACCCCCACGACACCGCCCUGCUGGACGCCGCCCUGCUGCCGCUGCCCUCCGCCGCCCUCGCCAGCCCCGGUGCGCCCCACCUGCCGUCCUGCGACUGCUUCCUGCACGCC